GCCAGGACACAGUCUUUCGUACGUAGUACUAAUUUGCUUCUACUUCCUAGUACUAAGUACUGAAAACUCUUUAUAAUUGGAAGGAAGAAUGUCUUCUUCUCUGUCUGGUAAGUUAAGUAUUGAAAUAGAGGUCAAGUCACCAGCUCGUGAUUUUUUUGAGGCAAACGGGAAACGAUUGUACGAGAUACCAAAACUUUGCCCUACCUGUAUACCCAAGGUUGAAUUAGUAGAAGGUAAAUGGGAAGAAGUGGGUGCUGUCGUGAACUGGCAUCUCGUAUUAGGGGGGAACACUGUAAUUUUCAAAGCUUUAUUUGAGAGCAUUGAUGACGACAAACUAUCGGUUACUUUCAACGUGAUAGGAGGAUUACUCGUAGAGUCAUACAAAAGUUUCAAGUUCAUUUUUCAGGCCAUUCCAAAGAAAGAGGGAUGCUUGGUCCUUUGGACUUAUGAAUAUGAGAAACUUAACUCGGAUAUUCCAGAUCCAAAAGAAUUGCUUCAGUUUGCAGCUGUGUUUACCAGAGAGAUAGAUGAUACUCUUAUGAAGAUCAGCCAGGAGUAGAUGUGAACAAAAACAUGCAUGAUCACAUGCAUAUAGCAUAUAUAUAUAUAUAUAAAUAAGUACCUUUAUUUUCUGAAAAAGAAAGUACGUAAAAAGGUACCCUUUCCUUCAUAAUGUAUUGUUCGUUUUUUUAGUUUGAGCAGGUACCUCGUGUCUUUUAUGGUGGAGCGAUCUAUUACAUGUACCCAUAUGGUAUCUGAUCCAUCGAUCUCUCUCAAUUAAUGCUCAUAAUAAGCCGGCAAACGAAACUUGCUUAUGCUUCCGAUCUAUCA